AUGAUUUUAUACCCUCAUAAGUAUUUCCCCAACACGGUAAAAUGCAUGCUGGCGGCUCACAUCUACAGCUUCCAAGUGGAACUGUGCGACGAUUUUUUCUACACGCGUAGCUUCGACAUAGAGAAGAGCCUCGUGGUGAAUAAAAAGCCGCUUCUCGUUUACGAAGACAAUUACGUGAGCUCGACGAAGGCGAUCUGUUUCCUCUUCCACCGGUUGCGAAAUGUGGAGAGUAAAAAGUGCGUCGAUGAGAAGUUACGGCUGUACAUGUCAUGGGUAGAGUGGAGUGACUUGCUGGAGAAGCACAUCGAAGUGUUGAAUAAGAAAAAAAUAAUUGACAGUUUGGACGAGCUGGAGAGUUAUUUAAAGGAAAACCCAAAUAAGAAUUUCAUAUGCAGUUUGGGAGAGGCCACUCAGGGGGACAGCAACGAUAAGUUAACACUGGCAGAUAUCUUCGUGUACACCUCGCUGACCCAUUGUAAUAUUGAAGUCUGCCGGGAGAGCUGGGCACACAUAAGCAAUUAUAUAGAAAAGAUAAACCAACUGGAGGAUGUGCAAAAGAUUUUGAAAGACGUGGAUCGGAUUUACAAAUAUAAAAAUAUUUAUAAUUUAUUUAUUUCAAAAAUUCACGAGAAAAAUAUCAAUACGUAUUUAAAGGAGGAGAAGUUUUACAUUACGACGGCGAUUAAUUAUGUGAAUGGAGACCCCCACAUUGGACAUGCCUACGAAAUAGUGUUGGCAGAUGCUAUUGCGAGGUAUCAUAAGAAUAUAGGGAGGAAGGUCUUCUUCACCACAGGUGCGGAUGAACACGGGUUGAAGAUUGCCAAUCAGGCGGCGAGGAAUAAUCUCACGCCACAAGAAUUGUGUGAUAGGAAUGUGCUGAAGUUUAAGGAGCUAAACAAGCUGCUGCAUGUGGAUGAGGAUUACUACGUGAGAACUACUUGUGAGCAGCAUAAGAAAAUUGCUCAAGAAAUUUGGACCAAAUGUGAAGAGAAUAAGGACAUCUACCUGGGUGAGUAUGAAGGGUGGUACAACGUACGUGAGGAGACAUACGUCCCGGAGAAUGAGGCGAAGUUAAUGAAUUAUAGGGACCCCCUAAAUAAUAUAAAAUUAGAAAAAAUGAAAGAACCAUCCUACUUUUUUAACAUGUCAAAAUAUCAGCAGAGGUUAAUCGAUUAUAUAAUGGAGAACCCACAUUUUAUACAACCGGAGCAGAAGAGAAAUGAAAUUUUGCAGAGACUGAAGGAACCUUUGGCCGAUCUCUCAUGUAGCAGGACAAAGUUUUCCUGGGGAAUCCCCGUGCCAAGUGACCACAAACACGUUAUGUACGUGUGGAUGGACGCCCUGAUAAAUUACUACUCCAACUGCUUCAUCGUGGAGGGGAAGGAGGACUACUGGCCAGCGGAUGUGCACCUGAUUGGAAAGGACAUCGUAUGGUUCCACACGGUUAUCUUCCCCACCAUUCUCAUGUCUGUGAAUGUGGCAUUACCCAAGAGUGUAUUUUGCCACGGCUUCGUCCUAGCUGGGGAUGGAAAGAAGAUGUCUAAAUCGCUAGGCAAUGUAGUAAACCCCUUCGAAAUAAUAGAAUCUUACGGACCGGAUGCUUUUCGCUUCCACGUUAUUAAGGAGACCAAGAGAGGAUUUGACAUGCGCUUUGACAUUGAUAACCUGGUGGAUAUGUGUAACUCAGAUUUGGCCGACACGAUUGGAAAUUUGGUCCAGAGGACCCUCUCCCUCUGUCAGCUGUCCAACGAGUCGAAAAUCCCCCCCCUCUUUGAGCAGUACGAUAUCGAUUUGCCCUUUAGCCUUCUGCACUUCAUCAACAGGGUGGAGUUCCACAUGCAGACCUAUUGCGUCCAAGUUUGUUGCGAAAAAACGGUUAAUGUGUGCAAAGAUUUGAAUAAGUUCCUUACGGAAUUGGCCCCUUGGAAAUACAAAAAUGAAGAGAAGGAUAAGAAGCUACACAUCAUUAGGAUCAUGAUGGAGGCCAUUUACCUCAUUGCCCAUUAUCUGGACAUCUUCAUCCCAUCUAUUGCUUCCCAAGUUUUCCAAAAAUUAAACACCCCCAAGAAAAGCAUAGUCGAUUUGAACCCCUGGUUGAAUAACCUCCAGGAAGGGGUCCAAAUAAAUAACGAAAAUAUUUUAUUUAAAAAAUUUGAAGUGGAAAGUGCGCAGUUAAAAAUACAAAAGGUUAUCAUGCGGGUGUGUAAAAUUGUUGCCAUUUUGAAGGAAGAGGAGGAGAGUCAAAAGGCGGCCACCAUUUUUGAGAUUGAGGUAGAUGACCAUGAGAAGCACCUCGCCGUUUUGUACCUCCCAACCCCUCCCAACUGUGUAAACACCUUCACCGUUGCCAUUAUGAAUAUCAAGCCCAUCACCAUCAAUAACAUCACCGUGAAUGCCAUCAUCCCGCAUGUAAACAAGGAGGUGUUUACCUUUGCCAGGGAGACGAACAUGCAGACGGGGACUCUAAUUAAGGCGAAGAAUUACAAAACGCUCGUGAAGCAGCGGGACAAUUUAACCAAGAAGGAGGUCAACUCGCUGGAGCUCUCCAUUGUUAACGGCCACUGUUUCUUCGAGAAAACCGUGCCCCUCGUGUUCGCCUCCUCGGAGGACAUGCCCUUCUACCACUCCACGCAGAGCAGCGGGCCCCUCAAGUUUUUUUGA